AUGACAAAAGACGAUUUAAUUGAAUUUGGUCGUCCAUUAAGAGAAAAAUAUUUCUCCCAAGUUGAUUCUGAUGUUUAUCUUGUUAACAACGGUGCUAAUGGUCUUGCUCCUAAAAAUAUCUUAGAUUCAUUCCAAUCACAUAUCCUAAGAGAUUAUUCCUGGCCUGAUCGUUAUAGAAAAUACGAUUAUCGUGAAGAUUAUGAUGGUGCUGCUGAAGAAGUUGCUAAAAUUUUAGGUACAACAAUUGAAAAUAUUGCCCUUGGUGCAAAUGUUACAACUUUGAUUAAUGCUGUGUUAAGAUCUUAUCCUUUUGUCAAAGGUGAUAAAAUCUUGGUCCAAUCUAAUAGUUACCCAGCAAUUUUAAAGACUGUUAAAUUUGUUAUUAAACAACAUGAAUUAGAAUUAGUUGAAUUACCAUUGAAUUACCCAUUAAGUGAUGAUGAAGUUGUGGAAAAAUAUGAAGAAGUUUUCAAAAAUAAUAACAUCAAAUUAGCUCUUAUUGAUACAAUUAGUUCAAAACCUGGUGUUAAAUUACCAUAUGAACGUUUGAUUAAAUUAGCUUCAAAAUAUAAUGUAUUAUCAUUAGUUGAUGCUGCACAUGGUAUUGGUUUAUUAGAUUUAAAUUUAGAUGAAUUACAACCUGAUUUCUUAGCUUCAGAUUUAUAUAAAUGGUAUUAUACACCAAGAGGUUCUGCUUUACUUUAUGUUAAUCCAAAACAUCAUAAAUCAAUUCAUACAUUACCAAUUUCACAUUUUUAUGUUGAUGGUGAAGAAGAAUUACCAAAAGAUAAAGAAAAAACAAGAUUUAGUGAUCAAUUCAAUUAUACUGGAGCACAAUUAAUUGGUGCUUUAGUGACUGUUAAAGAUGCUUCAAAAUUUAUUGAAGAAAUUGGUGGAUUACAACGUAUCAAGGAUUAUAAUUUCAAACUAGCUAAACAAGUUGGUGAAGAAGUUUCAAAAUUAUGGAAAACUCAAGUCUUGGAAAACAAAGAAGGUUCAUUAGUUUCAUCAUUAGUUUCAGUAGAAUAUCCAAUUAAAGAAGGAACAAUUAUAAAUGAAUCAGAUUGGGAAACUUUCAACAUUUAUAAAUUAAUUAGAGAAGGUAUUGAAAAAAAAUUGAUUAAAGAAUUCAAUACUACAGCUCCAAUUUUUUAUCAUAAUGGUAAAAUUUGGAUUAGAUUCUCUGCUCAAAUUUAUUCUGGGUUAGAUGAUUAUAUUGAAAGUGCAAAAUUAAUUGAAAAAGGUGUUGAUGAAUAUUUAUCAAGUAAUACUUAUAAAAAAAUCAUUGGUGCAGCAACAGAUUGA